AUGGCGAAGUCAAAGAAUUCCUCGCAGCACAAUCAGUGGCGCAAGGCCCACCGCAACGGCAUCAAGAAGCCCAAGACUUCGAGGUACCCCUCUCUGAAGGGUACAGACCCCAAGUUUCGACGAAACCACCGCCAUGCUCUCCACGGUACCGCUAAAGCAUUGAAGGAAGCGAAGGAGGGCAAGCGAGAAGUUGUGUGA